AUGCCGUCCCAAAGCAGCCCGCCCGUAGCGCUGCCCGGUUUGCCUAAGAAACCUAUGCACCACCUCGCCGCCGCCGAUCUUCCCCGUGCCCUCGAACGCUGCCACAGGCUGCUGGACAAGCUGCUGCAACAUGAGGAUGGGUGGGUGUUCGCCAAGCCGGUGGAUACACACAGCCUCGAACUUCGCGACUACCUCUCUGUCAUCGCCGAACCCAUGGAUCUCGGCACUGUCAGCCGCCGCCUUGAAUUGCGUCGCUACCCGAACCUGCUCUGCUUUGCCAAGGAUGUCCGGCGUACCUUCAGCAACGCCAUGACCUACAACAACAAGGGAGACGAUGUGUACGAGAGUGCUGCUAAGCUCUCUCGCAUCUUCGAAUCAGGGUGGGCCUCCAUUUUGGCGGCGCUCCCGUCGCCGCCGCCGGUCGCCGUGCGCAGGGCAAGGCUCAAGGAUGAGCUGCCGCGGCUGCCGGUGGACUUGCAGGGAAAAGCGGUCGUCAUUAUGAAGGACAUAGGCGGGUGGAUCCAGGAGGUGGAUGGGAGGGUUGAGGUGGAUUUCGACAAGGCCGACGAGGCGACUCUUGACAAGCUCGAGUGGCUGCUCGCUCUCGCCACCAUCAGGAAGCGUUCUUGCCCAAACGUGCUCGUGUAG